AUGUCAUAUACAUUGCUUUCUUUUGCAGGUGCAUUGAAAAAAAGACCAAAAAGCACUUUUGAUUUUAUCACAGAUAUAAAUUGGGCCUGCAAUAAAAAGCAUGAAAUUAGCACUGAGCUUCCUAUAACAGUUGGAGAAGAUACACAUGUUAGGGAUAUUCAAGAACAGAGAUCUGUACACAACACUGAGCUUCCUAUAACAAGUGGAGAAGAUACACAUGUUAGGGAUAUUCAAGAACAGAGAUCUGUACACAACACUGAGCUUCCUAUAACAAGUGGAGAAGAUACACAUGUUAGGGAUAUUCAAGAACAGAGAUCUGUACACAACACUGAGCUUCCUAUAACAAGUGGAGAAGAUACACAUGUUAGGGAUAUUCAAGAACAGAGAUCUGUACACAACACUGAGCUUCCUAUAACAGUUGGAGAAGAUACACAUGUUAGGGAUAUUCAAGAACAGAGAUCUGUACACAACACUGAGCUUCCUAUAACAGUUGGAGAAGAUACACAUGUUAGGGAUAUUCAAGAACAGAGAUCUGUACACAACACUGAGCUUCCUAUAACAGUUGGAGAAGAUACACAUGUUAGGGAUAUUCAAGAACAGAGAUCUGUACACAACACUGAGCUUCCUAUAACAAGUGGAGAAGAUACACAUGUUAGGGAUAUUCAAGAACAGAGAUCUGUACACAACACUGAGCUUCCUAUAACAGUUGGAGAAGAUACACAUGUUAGGGAUAUUCAAGAACAGAGAUCUGUACACAACACUGAGCUUCCUAUAACAGUUGGAGAAGAUACACAUGUUAGGGAUAUUCAAGAACAGAGAUCUGUACACAACACUGAGCUUCCUAUAACAGUUCAUGCAGUUGGAGAAGAUACACAUGUUAGGGAUAUUCAAGAACAGAGAUCUGUACACAACACUGAGCUUCCUAUAACAGUUGGAGAAGAUACACAUGUUAGGGAUAUUCAAGAACAGAGAUCUGUACACAACACUGAGCUUCCUAUAACAGUUGGAGAAGAUACACAUGUUAGGGAUAUUCAAGAACAGAGAUCUGAACACAACACUGAGCUUCCUAUAACAGUUGGAGAAGAUACACAUGUUAGGGAUAUUCAAGAACAGAGAUCUGUACACAACACUGAGCUUCCUAUAGCAAGUGGAGAAGAUACACAUGUUAGGGAUAUUCAAGAACAGAGAUCUGUACACAACACUGAGCUUCCUAUAACAGUUGGAGAAGAUACACAUGUUAGGGAUAUUCAAGAACAGAGAUCUGUACACAACACUGAGCUUCCUAUAACAGUUGGAGAAGAUACACAUGUUAGGGAUAUUCAAGAACAGAGAUCUGUACACAACACUGAGCUUCCUAUAACAGUUGGAGAAGAUACACAUGUUAGGGAUAUUCAAGAACAGAGAUCUGUACACAACACUGAGCUUCCUAUAACAGUUGGAGAAGAUACACAUGUUAGGGAUAUUCAAGAACAGAGAUCUGUACACAACACUGAGCUUCCUAUAACAAGUGGAGAAGAUACACAUGUUAGGGAUAUUCAAGAACAGAGAUCUGAACACAACACUGAGCUUCCUAUAACAAGUGGAGAAGAUACACAUGUUAGGGAUAUUCAAGAACAGAGAUCUGUACACAACACUGAGCUUCCUAUAACAGUUGGAGAAGAUACACAUGUUAGGGAUAUUCAAGAACAGAGAUCUGUACACAACACUGAGCUUCCUAUAACAGUUGGAGAAGAUACACAUGUUAGGGAUAUUCAAGAACAGAGAUCUGUACACAACACUGAGCUUCCUAUAACAGUUGGAGAAGAUACACAUGUUAGGGAUAUUCAAGAACAGAGAUCUGUACACAACACUGAGCUUCCUAUAACAAGUGGAGAAGAUACACAUGUUAGGGAUAUUCAAGAACAGAGAUCUGAACACAACACUGAGCUUCCUAUAACAGUUGGAGAAGAUACACAUGUUAGGGAUAUUCAAGAACAGAGAUCUGUACACAACACUGAGCUUCCUAUAACAAGUGGAGAAGAUACACAUGUUAGGGAUAUUCAAGAACAGAGAUCUGAACACAACACUGAGCUUCCUAAAGGGGGAAAUGUAUAUACCUUUUCUCUUGGAGAAAUGCAAAAUUUAGCCCAGCAGUGGACAAAGCAGACAGAAGAUGAAGAAUCUGAUACUCCUUCUUCUACUGUUGUUUUUAUUGAGGAACAAGAACAUGGUAUUUUUAAGUUUACAGAAAUCAAACAAAUAUCAAUGUUUAAAGGUGAAACCAAAGGACCAACAGAUGAUAAUCAUGAAGUGGUUUAUGAGGCAGAAGCUGUGAUAGAAACAGAAACUUUUGCAGAUGAUACUUUGAUUUUUCCAAAGGAUGAGAUACAGGAAAUCAUUGGACAUGAUGUCAUGGAUGUAGAAGAUGGGAAAAAAUGUAAAAAGAGAAGAUGGAAGAGAAUUAGGUACACAGAUUCUGAUAUGGAAGUUGAUCCUCCAGCUGAAGGUACAUGUAGUAUCAAAAGAACGAAAGUCAGUAAUGAGACAUGUGAGUUGGUUUAUGAUAUUGAUAACAACAGUGAUAACAACAGUGAUAACAACAGUGAUAACAACAGUGAUAACAACAGUGAUAACAACAGUGAUAACAACAGUGAUAACAACAGUGAGACAAGUGAACAAUAUCCUGUACUCCCAAAGCUGCAGUGCUCAGUUGGCAAAAUUGAGUUGAGUUCUGAGGAUUCUGAAGAUAUUGACGACUUAAUAGAUGAAGAUAUCAUUAUAAGAGAUGUUAAACACAAGGAACUAUACAUUACUGGUGUGAAAAAAAAUGAAUUUACUAAAACGGGUAAAAUGAAGAAAACAGAGAGGGUAUAUAAUUCCCACCACCCCUGUCCAUUUUGUGGCAUAAUGCAGACUAAUUUUUCCCACCAUAUAUUGUCUACUAAACAUAUGGAAGAACAAGAAGUUAAAGAAAUUAUGAAACUAGAUCUUUCAAACAGUAGUUCUGAGGAAAAAAAGAAAAUUAUGAAAGAUAGAAAAAGAAUGAUUGAUCUGUUAAGAUUAAAAGGAUGUCAUCAACAUAACAUGAAAGUCAAUCAAAGUAAAACCGGAGAAAUCAUAUUGGCCCGUAGAAUUUUAACGUCCGGAUCUUUUGACAUUGAAAAGUAUGGAGCGUGUCCAUCAUGUCUUGGGUGGUUUUUAAUGUCAAAUUUUCAAAGGCAUCAAUCAAAUUGUCCUGGUAAUUAUAGUAGAACGAAACAAAGUAAGGCUAGUUUGAUAACCCAGUCUCAGAUAAUAUCUAGAAGAAUUUCAGAUGAGGCUAGUCCUGCUUUAGUCAGAGAGGUUUUUAGUAUAAUGACCAUAGAUGAAGUCUCAAAGGUUGCAAAAAAUGACAAACUAAUUAUAUCAUUAGGAAAUCAAUGGAUGCUGUCUAACAUGGGCAAUCGUAUAAUGAGGAAAUACUAUACAUCUUCUGUGAUGAGAUUGGCAGCCAAGCUUCUGACUUCUUUAAGAAGCAUCACAGGUUUGAAGGAACAUUCAAUGGAGCAGUUCAUAGAAGCAAAAUAUUAUGAAUAUUUUGCCAAAGCUGCAUUGAUUUGUAGUAAACAAGUUGUAAAUGAUGAAGAAGAUUUGAAUAGCCCAAGCAAUGCAAUAAAACUUGGAUAUGACAUAAAACGUAUGGCUUCUGCAAAACUUGGUGAAGCUUUAGUGGAAGGUGAUGAUCUAAAGAAAUCCCAAGCAGAAAACUUUUUAACACUAGUGAAUAUGAGUUGGAGCUUGAAAGUGACAAAACUAGCAAGAAUGGUUCUAGCAGAAAGAAAUUUUAAUAUUAUUAAGCAACUUCCUCUACCUGAAGACAUUCAAAAAAUGGUUUCUUUUAUGGUGGAAGAGCUUAAUAAAUUGGACUUGCAGGAUGUUGCAUACAAGAUAUUUAGAAAGGCUGCUGUUCUUGCUUUAGCUAGGAUUACAUUGUAUAAUAGAAGAAGAUGUCAUGAAGUUCAAGCUUUAAAUUUAUCGGAUUACAGGAGGAGAAAAAGUACCCCAGAUGAAGUGGCUUUGCAAAUGAGCCAUGAGCUCACAGAGUUUGAAAAGGAGCUUCUUAACACGCAGGAGGUGGUAAUGAUUCGAGGGAAGGGUGGCAAGGCGGUUCCGGUUAUUAUCCCAAAGGAUGCUGUAAAUGUGUUGGAAUACCUGUCAAAUGACUCUAUUAGACUCAAAGUUGGAAUACCUCCUUCGAAAUAUUUGUUUGCUAAUUCCAAUGCAGGUGUUUUUAGGGGCUAUGAUGCCAUUGGUGCUGUAAAAAAGGAAGCAGGAUUAAAGUUGCCAAACCUUGUUAAAACGUCUAACAUGAGGAAGUAUAUGGCAACAAUGAUGCAGUCAUUGGACAUAACAGAAAACCAACGUCAAUGGAUCCUAGAUCACCUAGGACAUACUAUGGAUGUCCAUAGGGUCCAUUAUAGGCAAACAAGUGAUUUAAUAGAAAGGGUUCAUGUAUCAAAACUUUUGUUAAUCCAAGACUUUGGUAUGGUGAAAGAUUUUGUUGGCAAAAAAUUGGAGGAUAUUCAACUAGAAGAUAUUGUACCGCAAAAAAAAGACAUAUCAGCAGUAAGUGAAGAUGAUGCAGAUAUAGAUACACCAAACACAGGAAUUGAUAAUAUAGCAGAGGACUUUAUUCCAGAAUUGCAUGACGAUGAAGUUGAUGCUGAUUUCAGCAUUCCAAUUCAAGAACAUAGACCUGGUAUGAAUAUAAAAAGAAAUCUAGAAAAGACAAAGUUCAACGCCAAAAAUGGUCAGAGGAUGAUGAUAUCAUUUGGAUAUGGUUACUAUGCGAUAGCAUUUGGUGUGCAGCAGCUUUCUGGAAGUUUAUAUCUGAACAUGUUUCUUCUUAGUAUUGUAGAAGUUCCAUCACAGGUCAUAACUUAUUUCUUAAAUAAUUGCAUGGGAAGAAAAUGGACGACGUUUAUGUUUCUAGUCUUAGCAACGGUAUCAGGAACAGUUGUAGGUGUUGUGCAAAUGGUUGAUAUACCAGCGAAAGAUGGACUUAUCAACGGAUUUGCCAUGGCAACAAAGUUAUUCCUAGCAGCAGGAUGGUGCGCUUUAAUGUUGUUAACGACAGAAUCGUUUCCAACAGUAGUUAGAAACAUGGGUUAUGGUAUACAAAACUCAGUAACUCGAGUAGGAAGCAUGGUGGCUCCACAAAUCGUAUAUCUAAGUCAGCACAUAGAUGGGUUGAUGUACUUUCUAGUAGGAGCACUUAUGUUCCUGUCUGCCAUCUGUUUACUUGGCAUUCCAGAGACAAGAAAUAAAACUCUAAGCGAUACGAUCGAGGACAAGAAACACAAACAAUAUCAGGAGCACAAACAAGAGGAAAAAUCUAAAGACUUGGUUUUAAGUGAACGCUAAUGUCAUUUAAAAUUCAAGUUUCAUAUUAAAUUCGUUGUACGAUGAA